UUUGCUGCAUACGUUUUUCUGGUUAAAUCGCGUAGAAACAGGGAGAAACCAGAAUGUAAAGAGUUAAAACGUGCUCUGCUGGGCCUUUUUAUAUUUGAAAUGUUCGAGUUAAAAUAAAAUUUGAUCAGAAGAAGCGAAUUUCAGCUAAAAAACCAACGACUAAAAGAAGCAUGAGUGAGCAAAGGCUGCUGUUUUUAGACAUCAACACUGAAACAAAGACGUCUGUCGGAGCAGGAGUGAAUAAACCCCUCUGGUCUCGCAGCGACAACUCCUUCAGGUUCAACUUCCUCGCUGACGGACCUCCGGCGCCUCAGGGGACAGCGUCUCCAGCAGCGGACCACGCUGAGGCCUCCUCAGCCCGGCUCUCCUUCACGGGCCAGGGCUCAGGCUUUGCCUUUAACUUCCAGAUCCCCCCCGCUGCACCUCCUAAUGACAUAAACAUGGACACAGAGGAAGAAAAGCCUGCUCUUCUACAGGAGGGUGUCCGUCCUCCUGAACAAGCGAAGAAGAAGACGAAACCUGGAAAGAAGAAAGCGUCCGACGCUGAGGUGAAGGAGAAAGCUGCUGAGGGAGGUCAUGGAGCCGAGAAGCAGAGCGCGGAGGAGCAGCUGAACAGGCAGCUGGACUGGUGCAUCGAGCAGCUGGAGCUGGGCCUGAGGUCCAAGAAGGGAACACCGAAACAAA